AUGAGCUCAAAUAAAUAUCCAAGCAAUGAGGAGGUUAACAGGAUGGACUACGAAAAGCGAUUCCUCACCGCAGGCGCCUGCUUCAAGUCCACACUCUACCAUGAGUUCCGGUUCCUAGGUCUUGGAGAUGGUCUCCGCUCCGAGAUACUUCCAGUCCUCCACAAGCUAGUUAGGCUACUAAAAGCCAUCUUUGUCCUGGGCAAGGAGAUGGCACGGACAUGUCCGCGCUGUCGUACUGUUCGCAAUAGGCCCAAGGACCACUUCUUGGCUGAGUUUGAGCGUCUGUGUCGCGAGCGCAUCAUGGCCCCCUUGCUGAAAGCCAUUGCUGACCUUGAAACCGAUCAGAUGGCGAUGGAGCCCAAGGCUAGCGUUGACUUUAUCGUCGCUUCGGAUUUGGAUGAUAUUCGUCCGAGUACUAUCUUGCUCACUAACAGGCCGCUGCCUGUGGAUAUGACUUCCGGUAUGCCACUUCAGCACACUUCUCCUCGUCCAUGA